CUCUCUUCCCCCAGAACCCCCAACCUCUCUCCCCGUCACCCGCCGCCCGCUUCGUCUCUCCCGGCGACGACGUGCCGGCCUCUCCUCUCCUCCCAAGCCGACCACCCCGCCCGCCCCAUAAUUUCCUCUUCUCCUCGCUUCUACCUCCCACAGCCACCGGCGCUCGAGCUGCCACGCCAGCCGCAGCGGCUCCAGCCCUCUCCUCGGCUCCGGCCGCCGUCGAGGGUGCCCCGCGGCGCUCCAGUCGCCGCCCGUGAUCCGCAGCAGGCCACACGCAGUCGAAACCCAUCGGAAUCCCCGCGCCGCCAUGCUUCGCCUCCGAAGCUGCAUCGUGUCCCAUCUCCUCUCGUCUCCAUCCACCCCUCUCCCCCGCCUCCUCUCCGCGGCCGCGCCCGCCGUUUCCCCGAGCACGGGAUUCGCCGUGGAGGAGUACCUCGUCGCGACCUGCGGCCUCACCCGAGUGCAGGCCCUCAAGGCUUCCCCGAAGAUCUCCCACCUCAAGUCCCCCUCCAAUCCCGACGCCGUCCUCGCCUUCCUCGCCGGCCUCGGCCUCUCCAGAGCCGACGUCGCCGCGGCCGUCGCCAAAGACCCCAGGUUACUCUGCGCCCGCGUGGAGAGUACUCUGGCCCCCAACUUGGCUGCGCUCAGUGGCAUCGGGUUGUCGCGCUCCGAGAUCGUGCCCCUCCUCCGCUUGCGCUGCAGAUCUGUCGUCUCCAAGCUGCAGUACUACCUGACCCUCUUCGGCUCCUCCGAGGCCUUCCUCCAGGCGUUGAAGUUCAACUGCAACCUCCUCACACACAGCAUCGAGGGUGCGGUCGAGCCCAAUGUAGCGUUGCUGCGGGAGUGCGGGCUAGGUGAUCGCGACAUUGCCAAGUUAUGCGUUGGUAUGCCAUGGCUGCUGACUGCCAACCCAGAAUGCAUCCGGUCAAUGGUGGCUCGUGCCGACGGUCUUGGCGUGAGCCGGGAAUCUCCGAUGUUCAGGCACGCGAUGCAUGCUGUUGCAUUCCACAGCGAGGAGAAGAUUGCUGCCAAAAUGGAGUACCUGAAAAAGACGCUCAGGUGGUCGGAUGCUGAGGUGCGCAUUGCUUUGUCCAAGUCUCCAAUGAUGCUGAGGAGUUCUGAGGGCAUGGUGCAGCGCAUGUCAGAGUUCCUCAUCUCUGAGAUGGGGUUGGAACCAGCAUACAUUGCUCAUCGGCCGGCAAUUCUCGCUUACAGCCUGGAGCGCCAGAUCAGACCCAGUACAUAUGCCCUCACAAGCAAGCUGCGCCGUACCUUGCUGAAGACUAUGAUGAUGCUUGCAGAGGACAAGUGCCCGAUAGAUUCAGAUUUGCAUGAACCAAGAACAAGAUUUGACGUUUGUCUACUAAAAGUGUUUCUUUCUCCUAAUCAGCGUGCCCGCUCAUAUGCCAUACCGAACCCGUCUCUGUUGUACCUCGUAACAAUGAGCUAUAUAUUGACUACCUUUUGACCUUGUGUUGGCAUACCAAAGUACCUAUUUAUGGGCCGGGUACUGGUAUAUGGAACUCGAUGUCAGGUUAGAUAUCAUAAGCGUCGCAAUACCUUCCAUCAAUGAUGGUGUUCCGUGUCUCCAAGUCUGAUCAGGGAGGCGCCGCGCGAGUCGAAUAGCUAGCUAGGAAACCGACCGGGGAGGUUUAUUGAUUACGUGACCGGAAACUCCGUCCGUCCAUUUGUGCGGAACACAGACUUAUGAAAUGUGGAAAUUUUGGUUGAAAUUUGA